AUGCUCAGCUACGACGUGGCCAAACAGAUGAAGCCUCACACCAUCUGCGAGACUCUGCCUAUGCCCUGCAUGAAGGACGUCGUCCUUGCUGUCAGAGGCAAAGAGCACGUGAAAAAAUUGGACAAAAUACCAUGCUCGAACGACACCGUAGCCCGGAAUAUCAGAGAAGUGGCAUCUGAUGUGCAGGAUCAAGCAAUUGAAAAAUUAAAGUCGGCUGGGAAGUUUUCUCUUGCCAUCGAUGAGAGCUGCGACGUAUCCGGGAGCCCACAGCUUGUAGCGUUUGUGCGCUUUGUGAAUGGCUCUGUCAUUGCCGAAGAGCUUCUUUGUUGUCUGGAAAUCGUGACCACAACAAGAGGUCAAGACAUUUUCAAUGCCAUUAACAAUUUUUUUGUUUCGCGUGGUCUUCGUUGGGAUAUGUGUGCAGCUGUGUGCACCGACGGCGCUCGAGCCAUGGUUGGAAACAAUGUUCUGUGCGAGGAAAUGGGUGCUGAGCACCAACACCUACUACUGCACACCGAGGUGCGCUGGUUGUCGCGCAAAAAAGUGCUCGCAAGGGUGUUCGAGCUCAGAGAGGAGCUGAGUGUUUCUUUGGCAGAAGAUGGGGCGCUCGGAGAUCCCUUCAAUGACUCUUCUUUUGUGACUAAGCUUGCCUAUCUGUGUGACCUGUUUCAGCACCUGAACCAGCUACAAGGGAUGGGCACAAAUGUUGUCUCUUCUGGGGACAAGGCUCUGGGGCAGUAUCUGGGAGUGACAGAACCACGAUCAUGGCCCAUCUGA